AUGCUCAUCGGGAUCUGUGGCGGAAUCUGCGCUGGCAAAAACUCCAUUCUCGACUAUCUUGUCUCCAACCACGCUUUCCAAGUCCUCUCCCUCACUUCAAAAUCGGACUUGGAAGCAGGAGAGAGCACAUCAACAUCGAUCCAAUUCUUUCCAACCAUAGACGCUCUCCUUCAUCACGCCACCCAAAACUGGCAACAAAACUUCGCAACAACCUCAAUCCACUCUGAAAGCAUAGCAGAAAAGCUCUCCACCCGACCAUUUUUCAUCCUCCUUCACAUUGAUGCUCCAAUCUCAGUCCGCUGGGCCCGCUACCAACAAAAAUGCCUCAGCUCUUCCCUCCCCAAACCAACUCUGGAGCAGUUUGUCCUCCAACUAGAUGAAAACCUCUACUCCGGAACAUCAGGUCUAGCCACCCUCGCCUCUCGAGCACAGAUCAAACUCCUCAACUCCACCUCGUCUCUCAAGACUCUUCAUGCRGCAUUAGACGCCUUGAAUCUCCUGGAUCCGUCUCGCCUCCGGCCAACAUGGGACCAAUACUUUAUGACCCUAGCCUCCUUGGCUGCUCGUAGAAGCAACUGCAUGCGUCGCCAAGUCGGCUGCGUUCUGGUCCGGAAUAAUCGCAUCCUUUCCACAGGCUACAAUGGUACGCCUCGGCAUAUCACAAACUGUGCUGAAGGCGGGUGUCCUCGAUGUAAUGGCCGUGGAGUCUCUGGGCUCUCUGGUGGAGGAGAUCUUGCGACAUGCCUCUGUCUCCACGCCGAGGAGAACGCACUGCUAGAAGCCGGGAGGGAGAGAGUUGGGGAUGGAGCGGUGUUGUAUUGCAACACGUGUCCUUGCUUGACGUGCACGAUUAAGAUUGUGCAGGUUGGAAUUACGGAGGUCGUGUAUAGUCAGAGUUAUUACAUGGAUGAGGCGAGCGCGGCGAUAUUGAAGGAGGCGGGUGUGCAACUAAGGCAGUUCUCGCCAGCGAGGGAAGGGUUGGUGGAUCUCAAGGGGUUGGUUGAGGUGAAGGAGAAGUCAUAG